GGUCCAGUCAUGACGCUUGCAAAUCGGUGCUGAUUUUCCGCCCUGUCUGUCUGUCAACCAAAAGAGUCCUCACACGCCGACCGACAUCAAACAUUGAACAUCUCGACGCACUCGCCAUGGCCUCCGCUCCGCACGCACGGCGCCUGACUGCUGGUGUCCUGUCAGCAUCCUCAUCCUCAUCCUCACUCCUACAAUCCUCCUUCACACGCCGCCGAUGCUUCGCCACCACGCUCCCCGAACCCGCCGUAAAGCCACAAUCACAACCACAACCACAACCAUCAUCCCGACCGGCGACAUCAUUCAGCAACAAGCUCAACGCAGGGCCCAAGUUCGGCGACUUUGUCAGCGGCAAGGAGGAAGCCCUGACGCCGGACGAUGCGCUGGAGCUGCGCACCGCAAUGGUGGGACCGGAGGGCAGAAAGAAGCAGAUUACGAGACUGCCGGCGUGGCUGAAGACGCCGAUUCCGAAUAAUGACAACUAUAAGAAGAUCAAGAAGGAUUUGCGGGGGCUGAACUUGCAUACCGUCUGCGAGGAGGCCCGAUGCCCCAACAUCUCAGACUGCUGGGGCGGCUCGGACAAGGCCGCGGCAACGGCAACAAUCAUGCUCAUGGGCGACACCUGCACGCGCGGCUGCCGCUUCUGCUCCGUCAAAACCGCAAAAGCACCGCCUCCCCUCGACCCGCACGAGCCAGAGCACACGGCCGAGGCCCUCAAGCGCUGGGGCCUGGGCUACGUCGUGCUCACCUCCGUCGACCGCGACGACCUCGCCGACGGCGGCGCCCGCCACUUCGCCGAGACAAUCAUGAAGAUCAAGCAAAAGUCCCCGUCCACGCUCGUCGAGGCCCUGACGGGCGACUACGCCGGCGACACGGACAUGGUGAGGCUCGUCGCGCAGUCCGGCCUGGACGUGUACGCGCACAACGUCGAGACGGUCGAAUCGCUUACCCCUUCCGUGCGCGACCGCCGCGCCACCUUCCGCCAGAGUCUGGACGUCCUCCGCACGGCGAAACUGGCGCAGCCGGGCCUCAUCACGAAGACUAGCAUCAUGCUCGGCCUGGGCGAGAAGGAGGACGAGCUCGUGGAUGCGCUGCGCGAGCUGCGCAAUGUCGACGUCGAUGUCGUUACGUUUGGGCAGUAUAUGCGGCCUACGAAGCGCCAUAUGAAGGUUGAGGAGUACGUCACGCCCGCUGUGUUUGACAUGUGGCGUCGGCGCGCGCUGGAGAUGGGGUUCUUGUACUGUGCUAGUGGGCCGUUGGUGCGCUCGAGUUAUAAGGCUGGUGAGGCGUUUAUCGAGAAUGUACUGCGGAAGCGAGCGCUGCACAGGCCGGAUGUUGCUGUCGCUGCCGCGGAGGCGGGAUUGGCGAGGAAGGAGCUGUGAGGGCUUGUUUUUUGGGGGAUUUUGGGGGAGAAAACAUGAGUUGGGAUUUGUUGCGUACUAUUACUACGUACAUUUGCAUGCAUGCAUUCAACACGGCGCGUUAUAGAGGGCUUGGGAUACGAUACACUGGCGUUGCGGUCUAUAUUCGUACUAGAGACUAGGGGGUCGAAGUCGUUCAGGCGUUUGUAACCCGUGCUACUACUACCAGCUAGAAAGGGGCUGCUCAGACUACCUUCAACAUCUGCUGUAUAUACUUUAUACUUUAUACUUUACACUUCAUAC